CUCGUCGGAGCGGGGGACCAUUGUAGGCCUUUGGGUUUUGGCGAUAGAGAAACGAAGCCAAACCAAAGCCUCACAAGUCACAACUAUGGUGGUUUAACCCCAUUCCCAUUCAUAAUAACUCACCCACCUUCCACCCCACUGCGCUCCACCAUCUCGAACCCUAACUCGGACCGAUUCGAUUCAGAUCGACGACGAAGAAGAAGAAGACCGAGAUUUGACUUGAUUGCUCUCGCGUUCUUGUUCAAAUCCCUCUGGCCAUGCGACGCUGGUUGGCUUCUUGGAUCUUCCUCUCCAAAGAGGUUUUCUUUGAGUUCUUCGCCCAAAACUCUUAUUGUUCUUUGCGUAUUUGCUCGCAAUUCGGCCAUGGCUGCCGACGCUCAUACUCCUACUCCUAAGGUUAUUCUGUGCAAUGCCGGGGCUGGUGCAGCUGCUGGGGUUAUUGCCGCAACUUUUGUGUGUCCCUUAGAUGUUAUCAAGACUAGGCUUCAAGUACACGGGUUGCAGACCCUUGGUAACGGAAAUGGAAAUAUUAAAGGUGGUCUUAUAGUUGGAAGUUUGGAGCAAAUUUUUCAGAAGGAGGGACUACGUGGCAUGUAUCGUGGCCUUUCUCCAACUGUGCUGGCAUUACUUCCUAACUGGGCUGUAUAUUUUACUAUGUAUGAGCAGUUUAAAAGCUUACUCUGCUCUCAGGAUGGUAAUCACCAGCUUUCUGUUGGUGCUAAUGUAUUAGCCGCUUCUGGUGCUGGAGCUACAACAACUAUUUUUACAAAUCCUCUCUGGGUUGUGAAGACAAGACUUCAGACUCAAGGAAUGAGAGUAGGUGUGGUACCAUACCGUAGCACAUUUUCGGCUUUGAGCAGAAUAGCACAUGAGGAAGGCAUCCGUGGGUUGUACAGUGGUCUAGUUCCUGCUUUGGCUGGUAUUAGUCAUGUUGCCAUCCAAUUUCCAACAUAUGAAAGAAUAAAACUCUAUUUGGCUGAACGAGAGAACACUACCAUGGACAAACUUGGUGCCCGUGACGUUGCCAUUGCCUCAUCCAUUUCCAAAAUAUUUGCUUCAACCUUGACAUAUCCACAUGAGGUGGUGCGCUCUAGGCUUCAAGAACAAGGUCAUCACUCUGAGAAGCGAUAUUCUGGUGUAAUUGAUUGCGUGAAAAAAGUAUUUUAUCAAGAUGGCAUCCCUGGAUUUUACAGAGGGUGUGCGACCAACCUUGUGAGAACUACUCCUGCUGCUGUGAUUACAUUCACUAGCUUUGAAAUGAUUCAUCGAUUCCUUGUCACAUUAUUCCCUCCAGAACCUCACACAUUGUGAGGAUGGGAGAAGAACAUGCGCACUUGAUGAGACACGAGUUUGUAAAGCAACUAGAAAUCGCAUUCGAGCCAGUCGGGCCAGCCAGAAACCGCCCAAUUGAUUCUUGUUACAUGGUAGCUUUUACAGAAAACUUAGUGUAUGUUAGUGGAGAGCCUCACCUCAGAGUGUUUCAGAGGGAAAAUCAUGCCAGUAUACUACUACAUAGUGAUGAUGACGAUCAAGGGGUUAAGAAGAAUUAAGAUACAAAGAAUUAUAUACAGGGAAAGAGAAUUCUCAGAAUUGUUUGAACAAUUUAUAUUUGUGAAUUGUUGCAAUCUCUGUAAACAAACAUUCUUUAUUACACAUUCAUAUUUAACAUGGUCAAUGGUCACCUUUUUAUUGUAUUAUUGCAGUCUUUUGUUUUAUCUCCACCGUUCUUACUGAUAGUGGUGUUGCCUGUCUAACAUUCAUUCUCUCUAUUAACCUAUUUGGGAUACAUUCACUUUGGAUU